AGGGUUGAUCCAAGCAGCUAAUCUCUGCUGUAUAAAGACCAAGCAGAAGUGGUUGCCCCAUCACACUGCAGUGGACACACCUGAGAGAAUGAUGGCUCAAGAAAAACAGGGGUUCUCUCUGAUGAUGUGUUUUUUCCUUGGCACCUCUUCAAUCAUUUGGUGCCUGCCCCCAGCAGCAGCAGCUUUUCAGCUCCCUGGCUGUCAGACCGUCAAUCAGACAAUAUCUCUAGAGAAGAGGGGCUGUUCUGGCUGUCACAGAGUGGAAACAACCAUCUGCAGCGGGUACUGUACAACCAGGGAUCUCAACAUGAAGGUUGUGUAUAACAAAGUGUCCCAGCAUGUGUGCACAUAUGGGGAUCUGUACUACAAGAGAUUCGAAUUUCCUGACUGUUUGCCUGGAGUUGAUCCAGUUGUCACCUACCCAGUUGCUUUGAGUUGCCGCUGUGGCGGCUGUGCCAUGGCGACAUCUGACUGCACCUUUGAGAGCCUUCAGCCUGACUUCUGCAUGAAAGAAAUCCCAUUUUACUAUUAA